UGUAGCUUCAGUUAACUAUAAUUUCGGUUUGGAAAACGAAAUUUGCAUAUCCAAAUAAUUUUUCAUGAAUAAUAUAUGUCUGUCAAACGUAUCCCAUAACGUACUAAAGCCGCGUCACCAGUUACCAUGGCUACCAUGUCAAACACUCAUCAAACACAAGAGGAAAGCAGGCGCACUCCCGUUCGUCGAAACCCAACUGAUAUUCACCAAACAUGUACAAGGCUGAUUUACCCGUGGAUGAGUCUGCGCAGCGGGUGGUGGAACGGCGUCGGGCCGCAGAGGCUGAACGCAAAAACCGAAUAUUCAGCACGAGAAGUCGAGUAAUCGGGGUUGACCUGCACGCGCUCCACAAACAGCGGGAGGAGAAACAAGAACUGCUGGAGAUGGAGAAGCAGCGGGACAUGGCUCAUGAUCUGUUGCGCUUGUCCCUGGAUGAAAUGGUAAUGCAACAGAAUAAAGAGGAAGAGGAGUUGCGAAAAGAGUUGGCUCAGGACCUGGUCCGAUAUAGAGCAAUAUAUCAACGUGCUGAGGACAGCCGUGAUGCAGAUAUCAACUCUAACCGACAGGUGGCGCCAGACGCCAGUAUUUCUGUGUCGGACUCUGCAUUGGGACCCGCCAGUAUGCAAGUGUUUUUGGGAGAAGGAGUUAAAGAAAAAGAAAAGAAAAGAGCUCAGAUGGAAAUGAAUGAGAGAAACCUGAGAGCUCAAAAGGAGGAGAGAGAAAAACAAGAAAGAGAACAAAAAAACAGAGAGCUGCUAACCGGCAGGGAGUUGGUGGAAAAAGACCUUAGGGCAGUGAAGCUGAAUGUCCUGGAGGAAGAGUGCAAAAGAGCGGCACACAUUGCACUCAGUCAUUACAAUCGAGCUCAGGCUGAGGAGAGGAUGGAGAGGGAGCAACAAGAGAGACGGAGGAGAGAGGGAGAGGAGCUGGCUGAGGUGCGGUACAUGGUGACCUCUGACCUCCUGACAGAGCGACCAGAGGCUGCCAAGAGAAAAAACGAAUCCUCAGCAGAGGGUCCACGAGUCCUGACUGACCGCUGGAAGGGCAUGACCCCACCGCAGAUCAGUGAAAUCCACAGAAAGAGAGAAGAGCAGUGUUUGGAGAAAGAGAGACUGAGAGAGAUGGAGAGGCAGAGAGAUGUGGCCUGGGAUUACCAUCUGACAGAGCAGGCCAGACAGCAGGAGAGAGACGAUAAUAGAGACAAGGAGUUGCAGAGAGAGAGGAGAACGCAGCUCGAUAAAUACAAUCAACAGCUGGCACGAGAGCAGCAAGCACACCAACACUACCUGGACAAGCAGCUGUAUACCAACCGUCCCACAGUUCAGUACUUCACCCAGUUCAGCACAAGCUCUCGCUAAAGAACCAUCUCAUUCCAUCCUCUCAGCUAAUCAUUCUCCUGCACGACAAAUAAAGUGAAGUACUGGAUUUCAAAGCACUGUGUACGUUUGACAUUCAUAAAUUGGACUUAUACAGUAGGUAUUGCUGACAGUUGCCAUUAUAAAAUGUUAUAUAGUGAUAGAAUAUUGCAGAUGUAGAUUGAUUUAAGUAUUUACUUACACUGGCUUAUGGUGAUGCAGAUACAAUUACAAAAUCCAGGCAGCCCACCCUCACUUCCCUUUCAGUCCACAACACUGCAGGGGAAUGUGACCAAUACAGUCCCACAACCUCAUUCAUCUCGUCCUUCAUUUAUUUUCACAUCAUAUGCAGUAACAAACAAAACAUACAGGAGGAAUAAGAGACUAUUAUGUCAAGCUUAUUUAUGCAUUAAGCCUACAGUUUAAGAUGCAUUAUGAGCUUGAAUGCGUACAUUUGACGAGUAACAACAGAAACAGCAACGUUCGUCCGCUAGUCAAGCUUUAAACGGUGCCCUCCCACCCAGUUUUAGUUGCAGUAGCAGAGGGCAGUAUAGUGGAUAUCCGAGAGUCGAUUCACCUCCGAGCUCAAUACACAGUCAAGACACUGACAAAAUACACAAGUCGUCUAGCAGCAGUUCAGUUGAAUAUUGAGUUGAAUAUAAUUUGCAUCACUUCCCCCUCCUGUAAGAAAAUAGAUCUCUAAGAGACUUUUGUCCUGAGUGUGUCUGUACAGCUUUUGUGAGGGAGGCUAACACAGAUCGGACAAUCCCAGAGGGCUGGGAAUCACUGCAAAAAGCCCGCCGCAAGACAGUGGUCUCAAAGAUCUGAGUCAGCGUGUUUCUAUUGCUCCCUGGAAGCGUGUGUGUGUGUGUGUGUGUGUGUGUGUGUGUGUGUGUGUGCAAAUAAGAUGACUGCGUCCCUCCUUUCACGCUGCCUCUGCAGCAAUAGAUUCUAAUCAGAUACGCACAAUACUGCCAUUCUUUAGCACUCGGGAAACUAUAAGCGCAAUCAUGUUUCAAUUAGCUUUUUUCUGUCUCUUUUAUCCAAUCAGCUUUUUUUCAGAACCUGCAACAUUUAUUUAUCAAAGGACUUUUUUUUUAGUUAUUUAAAACUAUGCACUACUUGUCUACCACACUCAAAUCACAACUAACAAGUUACUCUAAAGUUUAAAAAAAAGUUACAAAACUCAAACAAAUGUAAAAAACAAUCAACAAGACACAGUUUUCAACGUCAUAACAAACAAUCUUUUGGGCUAUAUUUACAUUCAUCUGGAAAUUAAGAGAUUUUUUUUCUCCCUGUGCCCUUCUCUUGAGAAAUACCAGAUGUGCCAUAGAUUCUCUCAGUGCUAUAUUCUGCUAUAUUUGUUUAUCAAACAUCAGAUCAAAUAAACCAAAAAGCAAAAAAAGGAACAAAUGCUAUUUGGUAUACUGGUAUGGAACUAUUCCCACCCAAACAAAGCAUACAUUCUGUGUAAUAAGACAAGCCAAUACAUGAUUGCAUUUUACGUAACCAACCUAAACUGUGACGUUCCCUCCCACAGCCCUAUCUAACUCAAUACGACCUCAAAUCUACGCACCUUACGUGUGUAUUCUUAUGGCUUUACACCAACAGGACUGCAAGAGAGAAUCAGUACAGCUUAAUACAAUGCUGAAAACAAGAAUUAAGAACACAGACAUACAGAGGGAGGAGUAAACAUGAGAGAUGGUGGUGAUUAUGUUGUCGAAGGCAGGCACAGGAACCGAUGGAGAUGAAAGAGUAUUAUAAUACUGUAUUUGGCUAAAUUGAUAGAUGCUUGUAUGUACAGCUUGCUAUAAACGAUCUAGCGUCGUAGAGCCAUUGCAUCUCAUGUAUGUACAUCUGUAAUCGUAACUGAGGGGAUGCCGAUAUGUAUCAUCUAUUGAAUCACUACAAUAUUACAAUAUAUCAACAUACAGGUGACUUAAAAGGUACUGUAAGCAAAUUGUAUGGAACGGAAUUGUUUAAAUGGUGGCAGAUCUGAAGGUGACAUUGUAAUAGAUUGUAGGAAAUUCGCUGGAAGGAUGGAUUAUGGCAUCGAGUUAAAAAUUAAACAUUUCACAAUAUCAAGAUGAUUUUGUAAUUUCUGAAAAGUGCUGGGCAAUGUACAAACAGCUACUCUAAUAUAACUAAAUUUAGCAUUGUUAUUCACC